CCAUUCCCAUCAUUAACACUAAACUCAAGUACUUAAUUUUUGUUUUCAUUUGCAGGCAUCCGGCAACACCAUACUGUUGUAAUUCCAAUCUUCUUCUUGUUCGCGCUUAAAAUUGGAAUGUGAUUGCAUAGGCAAAUUAAUUUGCAUUUAAUUUUAAUAGAUAUAAUUAGAAUAUUAGCAUAAAAAUCGGUACAAACACGCGUGGGAGUAUAUAUUUGGUGAAUUUUAGUGAAAUGUUAAAAAAUAUAGAGUGUAAUGUGGCAAAUUAUAGUGAAGUUCCCAAGGGCAUUUUGAAUGACGCCUGAUCAUGAAGAUCCACCGGUGGAACCAGCUAAAUUAUUUCGGGUACAACGUAUUAAACCUGUUAAAGGGAACCCUUUUUGGGAGAAGCGUAUUCUGAAAGAUCUCGGACUUGAUGGCAAGCAAAGCGACUUCACAGUACUAAAGAACAUACCAGAUGUGAAUGCAAUGCUGUGGAAAAUAAAGCAUUUGAUCAAAGUGACGCCCGUUACUUUCCCGUAUGGUGAACCAACAGCGAAUGACCUCAAACACACAAUACUUAAGGAGAAUGGUGAAUGUAUUGUAACAAAAGAAAUUGGCCCUGUCGUAGAGCGAUUGGAAGCUGCUGAAGCAUUCGAAACCGAUCCAAACCGUCUAGACACUGAUUUAUUAAAACGUGAUGCACGUAUGAAAUGGCUUAAUCCAUGGUAAAGCAAAAACGCCAUGUUAUUUAAAAUAUAGAAAUGUAUGAUACUUUAAUGUAAGAAAUGCUUAAAAUUAACUAAUAAACCCUGGGUUUUCAAUUAA